CAUGUAAUCAGAAGCGGUACUGCGGCGGGGGGGUAGCUGCAUCGCGGGCGCCGCCAGCCCCUGUCCUUGUCGCUCACACACAACGCAGCCGCGUGCGCGUACGCACAGCUGACGUGCCUUCCUCCGCAUUCGCCUCUAGCAUCCCUCCUGUGCUCCCGCGCUUCCCGUCGCUCUCAAGAUCCUGCGCGGGCCCGUUCGUGUGUUUCUUCUUGCGCGUUACAUCUACCGUUGCGCCACGUGCGACGGUGCUUGGGCGGUCGAGCAGCGGUAACGGCGCGCCUGUGGACUGCGCGAUUUCAGUGAAGUGACGUGUUUGGCGAAGCCUGGUCGUCGUCGUCGCCGUUGGGGGUAAGCGGGCACCGAUCGAAUUGGCGCCUUGCCUAGCGGUGUUCUCGCGUGCACGUCGAAACAGGAAGACGAAACCGAAGGGACCAGACAUGGAUAAGGAGCCCGUGCUCCUCACCAUCCAGCCGCUGGAGAAUGGCAAGCUGGACGCGGUCUACUGCAACAACGGCUCCGAAAAGAGCCUCAACUCGCUGCCCGAUAUCGACAAGAACUACUUGGUGGCGCCCAGAUUAACUGUGGACGACCAGCGGUCGAUAGCGAGCUCCAUCGACAGCAGGGCAAGCGGCAGCCGGAACUUCGAGAACAUCAAAAUAGAAUGGAAGAACCUGCGGUUCAAGGUGAAGAGUGGAAAGGGCACGAAGACGCUGGUGGACAACAUGAGUGGUGCUGCACGGCCUGGAACACUGACGGCCAUCAUGGGUCCGUCGGGCGCCGGCAAGACCACGCUGCUCAACCUACUCAGUGGAUUCUACGACACAGGCUACGAAGGGGAAGUGCAAAUCAACGGCUACGUGCGGGCACCACGCCUGUUCACCAAGCAGAGCUGCUACGUCAUGCAGCAGGACCGACUGUCUCCGACGCUCACCGUCCAGGAGGCACUCACCAUGAGCGUCGAGUUGCGCAUGCCCUUCCUGGACAAAGUGAGCAAGAUGGAGAAGGUGAACCACUCGAUCCAGGGCUGGGGGCUGUACGAGUGCCGCAAGACGCGGACGAGCGAACUCUCGGGUGGUCAGCGCCGGCGGCUGGCCAUCGCCCAAGAGCUCGUCAACAACCCGCCCGUGGUUUUCCUGGACGAACCGACGAGUGGUUUGGACAACGUAUCUAGUCUACUGUGCGUUCAGAUCCUUAAGGAGAUGGCGGAACGGGGACACACCGUGAUCUGCUCGAUACACACGCCAAGCGCCAAGAUUUUCUCCCACUUCGACUUGCUGUACAUGGUAUCAAAAGGACGCUGCAUAUACAAUGGCCCUGUGGACGAUCUGGUUCAGUUCCUUUCGCGGCACAGCCUGAAUUGUCCUCAAUACCACAAUCCUGCAGACUACGUGUCCGAAGUAGCCGCUGGCGACUAUGGGGACUACACGGACGAGCUCGCGAAAGAGUUUGAGGAGCCGUAUCCCGAAGAAAAAGAGUCGGGAGACCACAAGCGACGGACGAAAUACGGCGGCAAGAUCAUGUCCGAAAGACACAUUGCCGAGGCGAACAAACUCUACACCUUCACAACUUCCAGCUUUCAUCAAUUAGGAAUCCUACUGAGGCGGUGUUGGCUCUCCGUUGCCAGAAACAAGGUGGCCACUCCUUUGAGGUUCGCCGCAUACCUGGCGUUCGCCAUAAUGAUGAUUAUGCUGUACUACGACAUCGGCAAGAAGGCGUCUACCGUUAUCAACAACGCAAACAUGUUCUUCGGCAUGUGCUGCAUCGUCAUGUUCCAGUCCAUCCUGCCCACGGUGAUCGUCUUUCCCAUAGAGAUUUCGGUACUUCAGAGAGAGCACAGAAACCGCUGGUACAGCAUCAAGCUCUACUACUUCGCUCGCUACAUCGUAGAGCUCCCAUUUUUGGUUAUUCCUGUGAUUAUGCUCAUAGCGCUGAUUUACUACCCCACCUCUCAACCGCUUGACAUGUGGAGAAUAGCGAGCCUCGCCCUGUUCAACAUUCAGCUUUGCUCCUCCAUUCAAGCACUCGGACUCAUCGUUUCAGCAGUCACAAAGCUGCAGACGGCGGUGUUCGUCGCGCUCCCGGUGGUGUCGCCGUUCUUCUUCUUCAGCGGCUUCUUCGUGCAGUCGCACCUCGUGUCACCGUACAUACGCUGGCUGACGUACCUGUCGCCCAUGUACUACGCUUACCACGGUAUGCUGCUCUCGGUAUACGGCUAUGACAGGCCGCCGCUCAGCUGCGACGACUUCAUCUGCCUCUACGAGGACCCCAAAGAGUUCCUCCAGUUCACCGGCACGGCGGACAAGAAGUUCCACGUGCUCGUGCUGUCUCUGUUCGCCUUUGAGAUUGUCUUCCGCACGGUCGCCUUCGCCCUACUCAGGCUCAGGCUCAGGCAAAAGGAGUGAAGAACGCGUGCCCACGGACAUUUUGUGCAGACUUGGUGGUCAUGCUUUCAAUGGGCAAACGUCUUCAGCCAUAUGUAAGGAAUGGAUAGAAGGGACAUGUCGAAGACCUAGACCCGUACUGUGUGUUGUGUUCGUUCAGUUCCGUUCUCAUAAGAGGACUUCUCAUCUUCAUCUUGUAUAAGCACCAUCUAUGGCAGGGAGCUCAAGUUUCAUAAUGUGAGAACAAAGGUGCAAUUUUUCUUAGGCCACCAGAUUAUCAAACACUGUGUGCGGUCUUUGCCCCUUUACUACCUCCUGCUAGCAUAAUCUUUGCCCGCAUCAAGCGGUAAAUGACGCAGAAUGUCUUCUCGUUUUUUCUUUUUCUUUGAAAAUUAACUCAUAAAGUUGCCUUCGGUGUAACCCAAAUAUAACCCAAAUGUUGGUCAGAGACAAAUGUAAAUAAAAAAAACGAAGGUUACGGCAGGACUUAGGUUCUGUGCUUGAUCCUUCUUUUCGCCUUUAUGAAAUUUGCCCCUUUUAUUGCAAUGUGUGUACACCCAAAGAACCAAACCAAAAUGCUCAGAGCAAUGCUUCCCAGUGUGUACCAUGCAUGUCGUGUGCCUGCCAGCCUCAAUUUCUUCCUUGCGAUUGCACUGGGAAUAAGCCGAAAAAGACGAAAUCGCGAUCACAAGAUCUUUGUAUUGGUGCAAGUGCCCUGUGCGGCGUUCACUGUGUAGCCGCCCAGAUACUCGCAUUUCUGUCGGCUGGCUCAGGUUUGACAACCAUGACAUGAGCUCCGGUUAUGGGGUUGUCGGUUUUCUUUCUUCGCACACAUAAUUGUGCAGUGACGAUUAUAAUGCAGUUUUAAGAUAACUUCAACAAUGUUUGCCAGACCAUGAAGACGCAUUUCUUCUCUGCGAGUGAUGACGCGACUUUCGAUGAGACUGCAUGCAUGUUUUUCCUGCGCGAAGAAUGCUACAUACUUGUCACACUGAAGGGCAAAAGUGAGAGACAGAUAAGACUUUAUUGUUCUUCAGUGAUGUUUCAUAAGCGGCUUCUUGGGCAUUGGAUUCUUCCUUCAGCGUACCAGGUGAUGCGAAGUGCGCUGCCGGGUAUUCUUGAUCCUGAAGUGUGGUGGCCGCAGUCAGCUGGCCAGCAUUCUGGAAAAAUGAGCUGGUUGAGAAUGACAUACCCAUAACACGUGACAACAGAAGGGCAAGAAAGUAUAAUGAUAUUCUUCCUUUUAACAAGCAGGUCAGUGGAGGCGGGUGUGUGAUUUCAUCGGCGGGUUCACUGUGUGCUAGUACAGUCGGAGCCAAAAGAUCACAAACAACGAGUGGCAUGAGAAAUGUUAGUUUUCUUUUUCCUUUUUUAGAAGCGCGUCAUGGACUUUUGAGUUUGAUCGCUACAGUGCUCAUGAUACCACUCAUAGACAGCGGAGGACUUCAACUUUUUCUCGGUGCCCUUGAUUCAAAACCUUUUAUGAUGGAUUGUCCAUGUAUGGUGCGUGAAAUAGUUUCGACUUAAUAUGGUUCCAGUUUCUUUAAAGUGAUUUUUAUUUUAGGAGCUUUUGUUUGGGGCUAACCUUACGCAGAGCUAUGUUGGCUAACCUUGAGUGAGAAAAAUAAGACGUUGUGUAUCGUGUGUUCUGUGUGCAUCCUUUUCCAUUCAAUGUUUGCAGAAUUUUUAAAGCUUGAGAGUAUAUGUAAAGGUUGCUUCGAACUUUCUAUUACACAAAGUGGAUAAAGGACUAUUUGCGUCAAGUGUUGAACGUUCUGUAUACGCUGUCAAAGCCCACUGCGGAGACUGAUUUAUGACUGUGGAUUCUACGAAGUGUUCUCUACUCUUCACUUAUAUUUUAUGUCACUAUCCAGGUUUACUAAGUGACUGUGACGCUCCGUCAUCAUGUACUUUUAUUGGGCUCUUGUAUCGUGUCAUGUCAUGUAGGCUAUUCUCCUUGUAUUUUUUUUUCCUUUUUUUAGGCUGAGAUGUGCUCACAAGUUUCAUUACAUCAUGUUUUGCCGUACCGAAUCAAAACUAUGGAGAACCUCUGGAAGAGAUAGAAAAAUAAGGAAAGCAGAAAAGGACAGCGGGACUUCCUACUCUGCACUUCAAUUACGGAAAUUUCACUGCUCACUUCCAGAUCUUCGCUAGGAAGCGUAACGUCGUUCCCACAAAUUAUUCAUUGGUAAUUGAAGCUUUUGGGCGAUAUAGAAGGCUUCUUUCCGCAAGUUGGAGCAUGGUAGGCAGCUAUUGAAUAUAACGAACCUUGUAUGUGAGAUUCAGUUUUUCUUUGAGCGCAGAUAAAGUGUCAAAGAACUAGAGAGAAACAAUGAACGUACGAGCUAGAUGUAGAUGAGUUCUCUUUUUUUUUCAUUUUCGGCGUGAAACGAAGUGCACCACAACUACAAACACAUCUAUACACUGACGUUACUCCUGUAUAUGCACUCUAAGGUGCGUGUAGUCGGGGAUUUGUGUCUGGAUGACAUCAAUUUCGGUCAUUUUACGGGCAUUUCGGAUUUGCUUCGUAUGGUGCAAUGACCACAGUGUCAUUAUGUGUUUGACCUCCACGAGGUCUACCUUGCCGGAAAGUUUAGCUCUUGAUUUUUUUAGACCAUUUAUAGCCACCUGCGUUUAUGAAAGCGAAGCGAUAGGUUUGAAGUAUACUCAUUGUCACUGUAUAAAAUGUUUUUAUUCCGUG